UGUGUGUGUGUGUGUGUGUGUGUGUGUGUGUGUGUGUCUUGUUGGUGGAAGAGUUGGUGGUUAAAAAGCAAGUUGAGACUUCCUCUUUGAACAGUCGCCUUUCCUCUCAGCACUACGGAGAUUUCAUUUUGUUUGAGGCUGAAUAGAACUGAAAGCAAGCCAGACGCCAGAGCGAAGGGUAUGAUGGCUAAAAAGCCCCCGAAACCUGCCCCUCGUAGGAUCUUCCAGGAAAGACUAAAGAUCACUGCUCUACCCCUGUACUUCGAAGGAUUUUUAUUAGUCAAGCGGUCUGAUUACCAGGAGUACGAACACUAUUGGACGGAGCUGAGAGGAACCACACUGUUCUUUUACACUGACAAAAAAAGUACAGUCACAGAAAACACAGAAAGUGGGGAAGAAUGGAGGGGCUUCAUUCUUACAGUAACAGAGUUGUCAGUUCCUCAACACGUGUCACUUCUACCUGGACAAGUGAUUAGACUGCACGAAGUCUUAGAGAGAGAAAAGAAAAGAAGGACUGAGACAGACCAACUGCCAGUCAUGCCUGUGGAGAAAGAGAAGGAGCCAAUACAAGGUUAUGCGGAUGCACUGAACCCCCUUCCCGAAUGUUUUUAUGCAGUUUCCCGGAAAGAAGCAACUGAGAUGCUGGAAAAGAACCCUUCUCUGGGAAAUAUGAUCCUGAGGCCUGGUAGUGACAGCAAAAACUACUCCAUCACUAUCCGGCAGGAGAUAGAAAUGCCAAGAAUCAAGCACUUCAAAGUGAUAUGCACUGGAAAGAACUACACCAUCGAGCUGGAAAAACCAGUAACACUCCCAAAUCUUUUCAGCGUCAUUGAUUAUUUUGUGAAGGAGACUCGAGGAAACUUGAGACCAUUUAUAUAUUCAGCUGAUGACAACUUUGGUGAAGAGCCCAACAUGGAGGAGAGGAGCGAGAAGCUUAAGAAAAGUCCACACAAGGCAUGAGAUAACGGGGCACCCGCCUUCAUGUAUCUUGUUACUAUUUUCAAAAGGAAGACUUUCACUUUUAAAGAAGACAUUCUCUAUUUCCCUGACCUAGUUUCUAAACCACUCAUUUGGGCAGAAGAACAAACUGAUUUAAGCAUAUAAUUUGAUUAUCAGCAUGAACAUAAUUUACUUGCCACCAGCUCUCUGUAGAGGAACUUGAUACACACAUUUCUUUGCAUUGAGUAGAAAAACGUUUCUGCUACAGCCAAGGGUUUGCUCCCUCUUGGCUUCAAUUUCACAUAAGCAAUUUGCACUGCAGAGUAUCUAGUUCCCCUCAAUCUUUCCAAUCUCCUAAAGCCUUACUAGGUUUCCAGUGUAUCUGAUAAAACUAAUUAAUCAAAUAAAGGUUAUUUAAAUUUUCUAGUUUGGAGGUCACAGACAUGGAAUAAACUAAGAAACACCCAUCUGGUGUAAAUGCUAUAUGCCACAUAUUCAUUUUAGGUUUUUUGAUGUUGUCUUUUUACUAGUUCAAAACUAAGCUAUAUAGCUUUAAAGGACAAUAAAACACAUUUCAUUGUUUCAAAUUUAAUACUAUACAUGCUAGUUAUGGUGAUUCAUUUCUUUAAAAGCAUGGAACCUCCACCCAAACUAGAUCUCUUGAAUCACAAUUUCAGUCAUACUAUUUUUUUUUUCUUUUUUUUCGGAGCUGGGGAUCGAACCUGGGGCCUACCAAGCGCUCUAAAACUGAGCUAAAUCCCCAACCCCCAUACUAUUCCUUCUUUGAAAAUAAAUUCCUAAGUUGAUUUCAGUGGUCACACAGUUGAAGAACCAUGGAAUUAAGAACAAAACGAGGGGCUAGAGAUGGUUCAGUGGUUAAGAGCACUGCUUGCUCUUCCAGAGGUCCUGAGUUCAAUUCCCAGCAACCACAUUGUGGCUCACAACCAUCUAUAAAGGGACCUGAUGCCCUCUUCUGGUGUGUCUGAGGGACAGUAUAUUAUUAGUAUCUUAUAAAGAUGCUAAUAAGAGAUUAGGACUCAGAAGAAAGACUAUAGGAGACCAAGGGAGAAGAUGGCCACUUAUGUGACAAUAAAAAGAAUAUACAUUCUAGUUUUGAUGCUGGAAGUCUUAAAAUGCCUGGUUGUUCUAUUGUCCCCUCUAAACCCUAUAUUUGUAUGGAGCUCCAGUCAGUUAGUGAGCUACCUUCUAAGGUUUUCCUUUAAUUUGCUGAAAUAGAAUUUCUGAGGGUUGACCUGCAUUUUUGGCUUGUUAGUGUGAUGUUAAAUUUCUGUGGUGAUGGUGGCAGAGGCUUAUGUAGAAUCGGAUAAGUCUGUCUUUUAAAUGGAUAGUUAGUGUUAAUGAGAAUUCUUAGAUCUGGGAUAUAAUGUAAGCAUUAUUAAUAGAAAGUUGAUAAGAACACACAGCACCGUUAGCUUAUGCACCAAAUGAGGUUCCAAAACAAGAGAGUGGUGAGCUUUAACAAAACAUCUAAAACUCUUAAAGUCUUUUAAAAGCUAGACUUGCAGAGCUGGUGAACAACAUGGAUUGGCUGCAAUGGACAGAGAAGGCUAAGCCCAAGGCAUAGCUAGGAAGUUCCUCCUAGAAAGUCAUAGACAUUUAGCUAGGAAAUAAGCCCUGCAGAGGUUUCUACAGCAACUAUGGAAGCCAUGAGGUAUUAGAAGAAGAAAUAUUUUCACAAGAUUUUAUUCUUAAUGUGCAUUUUACAUGCAUGUAUGUCUAUGUGGGGGAGCCAGAUACCCUAGAACAGGAGUUACAGACAGGGGUGAGCCAUGAGGAUUCUGGGAAUUGAACCAGGAUUCUCAGAAAGAACAGCCAGUGGUAUGAACCACUGAGCCAUCUCUCCAGCCCAGAAUAUUUUCAAUGUAUUAAUGGAUAUUAAAAAAGACUAAAAAAGUUAUCUUGGUAUAUAAAAAUACAUAUUGACUGUUCAGACACUAUAGUAUAUAACAGGAUAAAAUAUGUAAAGGAAAUGAGCAAUGAACAUUGGAAUUAACAAAGUUGACACCUGUGUAAUAAAGAACUCUAAAAUUUAGUGCAGUAUGUCCAUGGACUUGGCAGGUCAACACAAGAAACAAUGGAAAGACCCUGCUUUAGGAAGUCUAGACCUGAAAACACUUUAAAAGCUUGUUUACUCACAGCUAAUGCCCAAGGCUGUUAACAAUUUUCUCACAUGGAAAAUCUCUAGGUUUCUUCACAAACUGAUUCUAAGAGUUAACUUUUCAACAGAUUCAAUAUGCAACGGAAUGAGAGCAAGGCAGCAAACGUGCUUUGACCCAACCAUGGAAGUCUUAUAUAGGGGCCAGGAGUGGCAAUUUUCUACAUGAGGAUUUGGUUUUGGAAAUAUUGCUGUUUGAGGAAUAUGUAAUUUACCAAAGGUAAUGAUUAGGAUUAGUUUUAUUUUGUGUGAACUUGCAGAAUUUAAUAAAAAAAAAAACACUAGUUAAGAGAAAACAAUGCAUAUCAUUUAAGAAAACAGAAAGCAUGAUGCAUUUUAAUUAAGAUUUAGCAUAAAAUCAGUAAACAUAUUUUGGGAGGAAUGAAAUGUCCAACUAUAAAAAGGAAGGUGAGAAGAGUAAAGAGAGACACUCCCCAGAUGGCAGAGAAAAGUUAGAGCUUGACAAACCGUCAUAGAUGCUAGAAGAACAACUGUCUGGGGAAGAUUCUAGCAAUACCUCCUGACUACCAAAUCCAAGCACGUGUGGUACACACUAGGCAAAUGUCUAAAAACUAGAAUAUGUGAAGACUCAAAAGUUAAGUAGACUGAAAAAUUAUUCCUUGAGAGUACCAACCAAAAAGAAACUCGAGAUUGCUAAGGAGAAAACUUCAAGGCACAAAGAGAUAUUUCAUACUGAUAAGAUACAAUUCAUCAGGACAAUGUGGCAAGCUAGAUUUACAGUCCUAGUCACUGUUAAAUGCUGUGAAGAAACACCACGAGCAAGUCAACUUUCAUCAAAGGAAGUACUUAAUUAGGGCUAAUAGUUUCACGCUAGUCAAUGAUCACCAUGCUGGGAAGUAUGGCGGCAGGCAUGGCACUGGAGUAAUCCUUGAGAGCUGCAUGUUGAUCUGGAGGCAAACACACCUGAGUGCACACACACACACACACCCUGGCCAAGGUUCACCCCUAGAGACACACUUUCUCCAACAAGGCUACACCUCCUAAUCCUUCUAAAUAGUAUGAAUACUCAAAUAUCUGAGCCUAGCGGGCCAUUCCUAAACAAACCACAAGUGUACUUACUAAUUUUGGUUCAGGAUGUAUAAAACAGAAAUACAUCUGGGAGAAAACAGCAAAUAAAUAUAAUAGGUGAUUUUUAAUAUAAAUUUUAUAAUUCACAUAGUUUAUUAAGGAUAUAGAAAAUUUAAUAAUAUUAAGAUUUGACACGUGCUUCAGUACUACAUCCCAUAUGACCCUGGCUUCUAAGGACUUUUUAAAGCAUAUGGUUUUUGUAAUACUCUUCAUUUUGAGUUUUAGUUUAGUUGGAUGUUGGUUAAGAAAAAAACUGAAAUUUUCAGAACCAGACAAAUAGUGAAGACUCUGGUAACUUCAAACCACAUUUGGAACUUUGAAGGGAUGAACUUUAAAGGUAAGGGUAGACAAGAAAUAAAAGAAUAAACAAUCUGAAGUUCUAUCUUGAACGCCAUUAGAAGGGCUAAGAAAUUGGAGGGCCUGAAUGAAAUUCCAUCACAGUGAUUUUAGUCACUAGUACCUAGGAUCUUGGCAGAAACAAAAGGUAUGUGUGUGUGGGAAGAAGUCUUAAAAAAUAAAAAUAUUAUUCUGCUUUUAAAUAAUUUUUGUACAUUUUCAAGUAAAAUAUUGGCAAGUAAUUAAAAGUAAACUGGAUAGAGAGAAAGAACAGAUGAAACAAAGAGAGUUGACAGACUCAGAAGGCUUUCCAUUCUCAGACCACGCUCACUCUUUGAGCAGGAGGGAUGGCUGAGUGGUUACCAGCACUUGCUGUUCUUGUGGAAGAGAGGGCCUCAUUCACAGCAUCCAUCCCAUAUAUGCUCUCUUUUGGCCUCUGCACAUACAUGGUGCACAUAAACACAGGAAGGUAUGCACGCUGCAUGAACACACAAACCACACAAAUGAGACUUAAAAACAUUUUUUUUUUUUAAGAAAAAUGAGAACUGCUAGAGUGACCAGUUUGCAAGUUUACAAAGAAAUCUGAGAAUAGAAUAUAGGGGGUGAUGAAUAAUCAUGACAUUUUAACAGAAAAAAUAAUUAAGUGUGAGAAACAAAUUUUGGCAAUCAUAAAAAAAAUCAGCCGCAGUGAUGGUGACAGUAUAUUAUUAGGACAAAAAAGGAAAGAAACAAAGGGUUCAGUAAGAGCCACACACUUUUUCUAAUGCUACCUUGGCAGUACUAGAAAAAAAACAAGACAAAAAAAAGACGAAGUAUUCCUGGUAUAGCAUUAGCCAUCAUGUCCAGAAUGAAUUCCUUAUGAAUUACAACUUAAGCCUGAAAGGCAAAACUAAUGUACUUAGAAGACAAAGAUUUCCCAGGCUGGGAAUGAAGUCUUAAUUAUGAAACAAAAGACUGGCCGUGCCAAGUAUCUAACUUUUAGCUUCCGAACAGAAGAUAUUUACAACUAUGGGGACAACGAAGAAUAUGACUUAUAAAGAUCUUCCAUGUAUCAAAUGAAGAAAAUCAUUCCCAAAACAAAAUGUAGAUGUGUCACAGAUCUGACAAGAUACUUUCCAAAAAGGAAAGUAGAAAUGAUCAAUAAAUUUGUGAGAAGAUGCCUCAUGCCCUGUCAUAAGAGAAAAGAGGAAACGGUCAAUAACAUGCAAUAAUUUGUCUACCGCUGUCAGAAUGCAAAAGCAAAAACCAUACAAACUGAUCACAGUAUGGAGAAAAUGAACAUAUCCAAUGCUUGCUUAGCAUAGGGAGAUGUUAACAUGGGAAAUGUCAGAAGGAGGAAAGAGAAGUAGGGAAGGGGGAAAAUGAUGUAGUUAUAAUUUCAUUUCAAAACUAGAAUUAAAAAAAGAAUAUCAACAAACAUGCGAUUUUUAUUCUUAACAUACUACUUGCAACUGAAGAGAAAUGUGUGAAUAAAACACAUUUAUUUUAGAACUGUAAUUAUCCCAGAACUAAAAACAUCUUCAUUAUUCACAGUUAAUACAACAGUCAAUGAACUGGUACAUUAAUAAACAGUAAACUACUACAGUAAUGGUAAAUAAAGUAUGGCUACAACAAACACGGAUGAAUUAUGAUGGAUGACAGACACAAAACAAUGCAGACAAUUCUUUACACACAGUUCAGAAGCAGGCAAAACUAAACUGUUCUGUUUAGAUUUGCAAUAUAUACCAGGGAUAACUCCAAAAGAAAAAAAUGAGGCAACCGUUAAUACAAAAAGACAACAGUAAUUAUUAAGGGUAUUUAAAAUGUUUGUGACUGGAGAGGGAUUCGGAAGGAAUUGGAUACCAAUGUUUUACUGAUUUCAAUAUUGGUUAGAUUAAAAAAUGACCUUAGAAUUAUUCCUUAAACUGUAUAUUCACAUUUUACAUACUUUCAACAUGCAUUUUUCAACUACAACACGGACGCUUUGGGGGCUGGAAUGAGGGCUCAGUGGUUAAAAUAACUGGCUGCCCUUCCAGAGAACCUGUGUUUGCUCCCAACGACUAAUACGGCAGGUCACCACGGUCUGUAACUCCAGUCUCAGGGGAUCCAACACCCUCUUCUGGCUUCUUUAGCACUGCAUACAUGUAGUGCAUGUACAUGCAGGCAAAACAUAUCACUCACUCACUCUCACUCUCUCUUUCACACACACACACGCACGCACGCACGCACGCACGCACGCACACUCUCUGUCUCACUCAACAUAAAAGCAAACACAAAUUACCUGUUGACACUUCAUCUGACUCCUAAGAUCUAAACUUGGUGAUUUUUGUUUUUGAGUUGGGACUCAAACCCAGAGACUUAUGUACUUGUCUACUGUAGAGUUACAAUCCCAGCUAUGGCUAUAAUUUUGUACACUGAUGCUGUCCCAACAAUGUGCCAUGAAAGACAAAAUGUAAUAUAGUGACUCCAAGUUCUACUUCUGGAACUGUAUAUAAGGACUAAGACACGUAACACAAUUGCUCCAAAUCCUAUAAAGAACUGACUUUAGAAACCUCAAACUAAGUUUCUCCUGGAGUGACUAUUUCUGCCUUUUUUCUCGAUUAUUUUGCACCUCUACAGUAAAGUUAGGACUUUGAGUUUGCUAAACACACACUCCUUCUUUGGCUUAUAUGCCCCAUACCAGUCUGCCCAAAACAUAAACUCAAGGAAACAGUAGCAGCAUUAACCACAGAAAAAGGGGUGUAAGUAAAUUCUCUAUGACGAACCACAGAGCAUGGUCUAGAAUGACACCUAAAAUCUCUUUGACUUACUUUUAGUAUAAAAAAAAAAAAAAAGAAAGAAAAAAAGAAAAGAAAA